UUAAUGAAUCCUCUAUUGUACAAAAAGAAUUGUUAUUCAUGGAAGUAAUCAUGGCUCCAUCACUGUUUGCCGCAAUUUGCUUUGUGCUGUCCAGGUUCAUAGUAUGAUUGUUAAAGUUACAAUGAAGAACUCUUAUAAUCUGCCAGAUGAUUUGGUAAGAGGUAUACUAGUAACGCUUCCUGUGAAAUCUCUUUUGCGAUUCAAAUGCGUUUGCAGAAAUUGGUGCGCUCUUAUUACAAGCUCUUCUUUUGUGAAUGAGCACCUUCAUCACAAGGAAAAUCCAACUCGUUUCUUAAUAUACACUCGUGAUCCAUAUCCCUAUAUUUCUAUCAACACUUUUAUGCUGCCCGAAAAAAUAUCCUCCAGUGUUACUCCUAUGCUUAAAAAGCCUAGUUAUUUACAAAUCCCUGGAAUGUUGAAGAUCGGUGGUCACGUUGAUGGGAUAUUUUUCUUGAGGUCUGAAAAUAGUAUGGCUCUGUGGAAUCCAGCUACGAGAGAGUUCAGACCUCUUCCACCAUAUCUCCUCAAAUUAUGUGGUGGUGAUAAAUUUGGUUUUGGAUUUGAUUCAUUAAGUUGCGAUUACAAGGUGAUGCAAAUUGUGGAGGAACACAAUUAUGUGAAAGAAAGUUGGAAUGGGCUUGCUGCCGUUUACUCAUUAAGUAACGACUGUUGGAGAAAUCUGACAUUCAACAUUGACAUCAAUAGUAAAAUUUUGUUUAAUUCAUUGUGCUCGACCUGUGUGAAUGGAGUUUAUUAUUGGUGUGCAGCAAAGGCAACUGAAGUCAUUCCUCAUGAUACCUAUGAAAAAGUAAUACUACUUGUAUCUUUUGACAUGCAUAAUGAAGUGUUUGGUGAGAUCCCAGGGCCUGACAUACUUGUAAAAAGUCUUCAUGCUGGUUCUCUUACUCUCUAUAACGAAUCUCUUUGCCUGCUAGUUCAUGGGUACGAUGAUCAAGAGCGUCCUUCCAUUGAUAUAUGGCUGAUGAAUGACGAAAAGCUGUGGACUAAAGUUAUGAAUGUGAUAGUGCCGAUACCUGCGUAUUAUGACCCUCGCUGUCGUGGGUUUUGGGGUCAUGAUAAGGUUAUUCUUGAACAUAAAGGUCAACCUAUACUAAUCUACGAUACCAAAUCCCAUGAAUUUACAAAUCUUUUUCAUAGAGAAGAGAAGACUAAGAGAACGCGAGUUUCAAGUUACAGGGAGAGCCUAGUUUCCAUCAAAAAGUAAAAAUGUGUGCGUGUGAGAAAACGAGUUUAAUAGGACUUUGCCGUUCAGUUGAUCUUUGAUUGGGAGUAUUGAGAUAAUGUGCACUCUCAAAUCUGUUGAGAAUGAAGAAAGAUAAUUGUUUGUCUA